CCCGGGGCUGAGCCACUGCGCGGACGGGCGGGCGGGCGGGCGGAGCCACGUCAGCAGCGGGUGGCCGGCCGGCGUGUGGCGGGAUGGGGACGGCGGCCCUGGCAGCGGAGCUGGGCGUGCGGGUCCUGCUCUUUGCGGUCUUCCUGGUGACCGAGCUGCUGCCUCCCUUCCAGCGCCGGAUCCAGCCCGAGGAGCUGUGGCUCUACCGGAACCCGUACACGGAGGCCGACUACUUCCCCACCGGCCCCAUGUUUGUCAUCGCCUUUCUCACGCCGCUGUCCCUCAUCUUCCUAGCCAGGUUUCUGAAGAAGGCGGACACCACGGACAGCAAGCAAGCCUGCCUCGCUGCCAGCCUUGCCCUAGCUCUGAAUGGUGUCGUUACCAACACAGUAAAGCUGAUAGUGGGCCGGCCCCGGCCAGAUUUCUUCUACCGCUGCUUCCCCGACGGACUGGCCCAUUCCGAUCUGACCUGCACGGGGGAGAAGGAUGUGGUGAACGAGGGCCGGAAGAGCUUUCCCAGUGGACACUCUUCCUUUGCGUUCGCUGGCCUGGCCUUCGCUUCCUUCUACCUGGCAGGAAAGCUACACUGCUUCACCCCACAGGGCCGAGGGGAAUCCUGGAGGCUCUGUGCCUUCCUAGCACCCCUGCUCCUGGCCGCCGUGAUUGCGCUGUCCCGCACGUGUGACUACAAACACCACUGGCAAGAUGUCCUAGUGGGGUCCAUGAUUGGAAUGGCGUUUGCUUACGUCUGCUACAGGCAGUACUACCCUCCUCUGACUGACGGGGAAUGCCACAAACCACUUCAGGACAGGCACAAACUCCCCUCCUCCCAGAAGAAGCCCAGUGAGUCUCACCACUUGGAUAUUUAGCUGAACCUACUACCUCAGUGGAGAAGAAGCCAGUCAGCCUCCUAACCGGACACCACGCACAAACCAAGAACUCUGGCUAUCUGGUGUGGACACCGCCACACUGUAGUCCCGCCCCGGAGACUGCGCACGCACUUUGCCCCACUUCCAAGGCUAGACCCUGAGCAAUCUCUGCCUGGGGCCUGUUCUGGAAAGUGGCUCUUUCGGGAGUUCUCUCUCUAGGUUAAUAAAGCUGGGCCAUAAGAUUGGUGUUCCAAGAUCUAGGGUCUUUGCAUUUAUGUAGAUGUCCCUCAAGAGACCUUUUCACAACGGAGACUCUCACGGCCUCAUUUUAUCCUCAAGACUUUACGACCAAUCUUAAUCUCUAUCCCUUAUAAAGAAGGGUAGUGCCAGCUAAAGUUUAUGUUUACUUUUUGUGGCCACAUUCCAUUAAGCCUUAAAUAAUAAAACCACCAAUUUGGGCCAAUUUUUUACUUCAUCAGAAAACUUACAGAUAUUAUCUGGAAGAUAAAUGUAACUCUUUCUGCCUUUUAUUCACAAAAAAUAUAUGGAACAGUUAUAGGCUAUCAUCAGAACGUGACACUUUGAGGACCAACUAAUAGCUACCUCUGUUAUACUUUAAAUAAAAUUUUGUCUUAUGUAAUCUUCCUAUAACAUA